CACACAAGUUUCAGCCAAUCAAGUGACAGGUGCUCAGUAUAAGAAGGCCAAGCCCCUGUCAGAGAGUUACAGUUGUUCAUUGCUAAACAAGAUACUGCACAACAACAUCAUAGAGCCUAUCAACCCUUCAGUAGUCAUGAAGGUUGCAUCUUUCAACAUCCAGAAAUUUGGGAAGCGUAAGCUAUCAAACCCAAACACCCUUGCUACCCUUGUGAAGAUUGUGUCUCGCUAUGACAUCAUACUGAUUCUGGAGGUGGUGGAUGAGAGAGGCACUUCAGUGAAAAAGUUCCUGGAGGACUUAAAUAAGGCCAAUAAGAAGCAACACUACACUCUGCAAAUCAGCACUCGUCUGGGAAGAGACAAAUACAAGGAGCAGUUUAUGUUUCUGUACAGGGAUGAUUUGGUGGACUUGGUUGGUUCCUGGCAAUAUGAGGACAACCAGGUUGGAGAUGUGGACGCCUUCGCCAGGGAGCCUUACAUUCUCCGUUUCAAAUGUCUCAACACUGUGCUGGAGGACUUGGUACUGAUCCCAGUGCACACCAAGCCUGACGAUUCAGCGAAGGAGCUGGAUGAGCUUUAUGAUGUCUUCCUGGAAGUGAAAAAGAAAUGGAAGACUGAUAACGUUAUGAUCCUAGGUGACUUCAAUGCAGACGGUUCCUAUCUUUCUAAAAAGGGCAUGAAAGCCAUCCGUAUCCGCAGUGACAAAAAGUUCCACUGGCUGAUUGAAGAUGAUGUGGAUACCACAGCAAACACAGGCAACGAUAAUACUUAUGACAGGAUUGUGAUCUAUGGGGAUGACAUGCUUGACGCCGUCGUGCCAAACUCUGCCAAACCAUUCAACUUCCAGAUCGCAUACGGACUUUCUGAAGAAGAUGCCCUGAAGGUGAGCGACCAUUACCCUGUGGAGGUAGAGCUGAAAAGGAAAACACCAACAGAACAGAGCUCUGCGACUGGGAAAUAGAACCCUGUACAUGGACAGGAGGACGGAGGAAGUGAGUGAAGAGGUGAUGGAGAUGGAGAAGAAGUCUUAUCCAACCAGAGAAGCUGAAUUUAGAGAUACUGGUGCUGAAGAUGCGGAUGGUCAAGCUUAGGAACACUUACGUUGAUCUGUGAUUAAAUCUUACCACAAUACUAGUCAUAUUAAUACUGUAUAUCAUAUUUGUAUGUCUAGUAUAGCUACUGAUCUAAUACUGAUAUGUAUCUUGACAGAAUCUCAAAUAAAGAUGAUGGAGUGAAAAUCC